AUCCUUUAGCAUCCAGUACUGCCUUAAGAGGGUCUGAGCAUUUGCAUCCCGCCUCCCUCGCUUUCACCGCCCGCAUGACCACUUCCUCGCACGGCCAUCGAUGGGAGGCGGCCCACCGAAUCGCGGGAACUCUCCGCCGUUCCUAAGAUGGCCGCGGCCGCUUCCGGCUCCUCCCCCGCCGCGGCCCUGCCCACUGCCCUCACGUCCGCGUUCGCCCCGGAAGUGGAAGUAGAGUUCAGAAGGCGGGACCGCUGCCUGGAGACGGCGGGAGCUCUUUCGCCAUGGCGGCCGGGCCGAUAUCCGAGCGGAACCAGGAUGCCACUGUCUACGUGGGAGGCCUGGACGAGAAGGUUAGCGAACCACUGCUGUGGGAGCUAUUUCUCCAGGCAGGGCCAGUAGUCAACACCCACAUGCCAAAGGAUAGAGUCACAGGUCAGCACCAAGGCUAUGGCUUUGUGGAAUUCUUGAGUGAGGAAGAUGCUGACUAUGCCAUUAAGAUCAUGAACAUGAUCAAACUCUAUGGGAAACCAAUACGGGUGAACAAAGCUUCAGCUCACAACAAGAACCUGGAUGUGGGGGCCAACAUUUUCAUUGGCAACCUGGACCCAGAGAUUGAUGAGAAGCUGCUUUAUGAUACUUUCAGCGCCUUUGGGGUCAUCUUACAAACCCCCAAAAUUAUGCGGGACCCUGACACAGGCAACUCCAAAGGUUAUGCCUUUAUUAAUUUUGCUUCAUUUGAUGCUUCGGAUGCAGCUAUUGAGGCCAUGAAUGGGCAGUAUCUCUGUAACCGCCCUAUCACUGUGUCCUAUGCCUUCAAGAAGGACUCCAAGGGCGAGCGCCAUGGCUCUGCAGCUGAAAGACUUCUGGCAGCCCAGAACCCCCUCUCCCAGGCCGACCGCCCUCAUCAGCUGUUUGCAGACGCACCUCCUCCUCCUUCUGCCCCCAAUCCUGUGGUGUCAUCACUGGGGUCUGGGCUUCCUCCACCAGGCAUGCCUCCUCCUGGGUCCUUCCCACCCCCAGUGCCGCCUCCUGGAGCCCUUCCACCCGGGAUACCCCCAGCCAUGCCCCCGCCGCCUAUGCCUCCUGGGGCUGGAGGACAUGGCCCACCAUCAGCGGGAACCCCAGGGGCUGGACAUCCUGGACAUGGACACUCACAUCCUCACCCAUUCCCACCAGGGAUGUCUCAGAUGCAGCUGGCUCACCAUGGCCCUCAUGGCUUAGGACACCCCCAUGCCGGGCCCCCAGGCUCUGGGGGGCAGCCGCCACCCCGACCACCCCCUGGAAUGCCUCAUCCCGGACCUCCUCCAAUGGGCAUGCCCCCUCGAGGGCCUCCGUUUGGAUCUCCCAUGGGUCACCCAGGUCCUAUGCCUCCACAUGGGAUGCGUGGGCCUCCUCCACUGAUGCCUCCUCACGGGUACACUGGGCCUCCACGACCCCCACCCUACGGCUACCAGCGGGGCCCCCUGCCUCCACCCAGACCCACCCCCCGGCCUCCAGUUCCCCCUCGUGGCCCACUUCGAGGCCCUCUUCCUCAGUAAUUUCUCAUUCUCUUGCCUCCUGUUCUAUCUUCCCAAUAUUUUUUCAAAUCCUUGGACCAAUCCAAGUUGCUGUAGCUCCUUAGGGCUAAGGCACUAAUCCCUCUCAGGCCUUUUUUUUUUUUUUUAAGUGUAAUUCUUUUCACAGGAGGUUUUUUUUUUUUUUUUUUUAUGUUGGUCCUAAGUGUUUUGCAAAUGCACAGAGAAAAUAAAAUUAAACUCCUUGUUUA